AACCAAACUACAGUAUACUUCGUACAGCAGUAACUAUAGUAGUCGAAAGAUGCGUUGUAUUGAUUCGUGAAUCACCAGUUAAUAAAUCAUCAUCAUACUGGAUGAUAUCGUCUAAUUUUGAUCGAGUACAUAAAUUGAACCGUUGUGACCCAAAACCAAGCUCCAUAGCUCUGAAACUGCAAGUCAACAAGAGAGCCGAGGGGUACAGACAUAGCCUCCCAGAUAGUAGGAAAAGAAAAGAAAAAGCAAAAAAGACAUAUCCCGCCAGCGCUGUAGAAACCAUCAGGCAAAGGGAAAGAAAAGAUAAAAAAAGGGGCGACUUUUUGCAACUGAUAAAAAAAAGCCACAUAACCAGUUGAUAGGAAACGUAGAAGAGAAGAUUUGACACUGUCUAGCCAGCCUAUUAUUGCCCUAAUUCCGCCAGCUCACGCUCCUUGGCUCUCAACGCCUCGCGCAUCUCUUCCGCCUCGCGCAGCAGCUGGGCGCGC